UAUAUUAUGCCGGAAUUAACCAUCACGACUAAUCCCGUCUGCAGCUACCCAGGUACUUGAAUCCCUGUUUUCAUUUAGUGGACUCCCUGUCUCCUUUGAAGCUUGGGAACCUUGUAGUCUUCGCAUCCAGUGAUGGAUCUUUCAAGUCUUUCCAGAGAGGAAUGUCCUAAGGUCCUGGGCAGGACAGGCUUCCUGGCUGGCGGACUCACAGGACUGCUUCUACUUCAGGCAGUUUCUUGGGCAUCAGGCGCCCACCCCUGCAGCCCUAAAAGCUUUGGCUACAGCUCCGUGGUCUGUGUCUGCAAUUCGACGUACUGUGAUUCCCUUGAUCCCCUGACCCUGCCUGCCCCUGGCACCUUCACACGCUAUGAGAGCACACGUAGUGGGCGCCGAAUGGAGCUGAGUUUAGGGACCAUCCGGGCCAACCAAACAGUCACAGGGCUGUUACUGACGCUGCAGCCGGAUCAGAAGUUUCAGAAAGUGAAGGGAUUUGGAGGGGCCAUGACAGAUGCUGCUGCUCUCAAUAUCCUUGCCCUGUCGCCACCUGCCCAGAAUUUGCUACUCAAAUCAUACUUCUCUGAAGAAGGAAUUGAAUACAACAUCAUUCGAGUACCCAUGGCCAGCUGUGACUUCUCCAUUCGCAUCUACACCUAUGCCGACACCCCUGACGACUUCCAGUUGCACAACUUCAGCCUUUCAGAGGAGGACGUCAAGCUCAAGAUACCCCUGAUUCAUCAAGCCCUAGGGAUGUCCCAGCGCCCUGUCUCACUCUUGGCCAGUCCCUGGACAUCACCCACUUGGCUCAAGACCAAUGGGGCAGUGAAUGGGAGAGGGUCGCUCAAGGGUCAGCCGGGGAACCUCUACCACCAGACCUGGGCCAGAUACUUUGUCAAGUUCCUGGAUGCCUAUGCUGAGCACAAGUUACAGUUCUGGGCAGUAACGGCUGAGAAUGAGCCUUCUGCAGGGCUACUUAGUGGGUACCCCUUCCAGUGCCUGGGCUUUACCCCUGAACACCAGCGAGACUUCAUUGCCCGUGACCUGGGUCCCGCCCUGGCCAACAGUACACACCGCAAUGUCCGUCUGCUCAUUCUGGAUGACACACGCUUGCUGCUGCCCCGCUGGGCCCAGGUGGUGCUGGCAGACCCAGAGGCAGCUAAGUAUGUUCAUGGCAUCGCUGUACAUUGGUACCUGGACUUUCUGGCUCCAGCAAAAGCCACCCUGGGGGAGACACACCGCCUGUUCCCCGACACCAUGCUCUUUGCCUCAGAGGCCUGUGUGGGCUCCAAGUUCUGGGAACAGAGUGUGCGGCUGGGCUCCUGGGAUCGAGGGAUGCAGUACAGCCACAGCAUCAUCGUGAAUCUCCUCUCCCACGUGGUUGGCUGGACUGACUGGAACCUCGCCCUGAAUCCUGAAGGGGGACCCAACUGGGUACGCAACUUUGUCGACAGUCCCAUUAUCGUGGACAUUGCCAAGGACACGUUUUACAAACAGCCCAUGUUCUACCACCUUGGCCACUUCAGCAAGUUCAUUCCUGAGGGCUCCCAGAGAGUGGGGCUGGUCGCUAGCGAGAAAAGCGACUUGGACACAGUGGCACUGGUGCGUCCGGAUGGCUCUGCAGUCGUGGUAGUGCUAAAUCGCUCCUCCAAGGAUGUGCCUCUCACCAUCAAGGAUCCUGCUGUAGGUUUCCUGGAGAGCAUCUCACCUGCCUACUCCAUUCACACCUAUUUGUGGCGUCGCCAGUGAUGGAGCAGAUGCCCAAGCAGACACCUGGGCUCAACCUGGGCAUUAAAGGGACAGAGUCAGUUCA